UGUCUUUCUGUAUUUAUGCAUCCAUAGAUCAACUAGAGUAUGCUUUAUUUGAAAUUCUUUUCUGAAGUGAAUAAAUCGCUCUGAAAAGGUCUGAACAAACUUUUCAAUCACGCAAAUACAAUGCUUCCUCCCGGAAUGAGUUUUACUUUUCUUGUGCACUUGGCUUUUCUACACCAUCUCCAUCAAUGAAAUUCAGUUUCAUUAACUUUUUGUUCCUAUCUUCUGUCCCUUCAUACGACUCCUUGUUAACAUUGGAGGUGAGACAAAUAAUAAUAAUAGCUUUACUUUUACUUCGCCACUAUGUCUCAGAAAGGACUUGGGGCAGCUUACAGAAGCACAUAAAAGUGUCAUAACACAUAAAUAAAGGUAAAAUUAUACCGAAGAAGGAAGAAAGGGAGAAAUAUUAAAAAAGAGAAUAUUAAAAAAGGAAGAAAAGGCUAAGACCUCCAGAAGAUACCAGGAAGUCAAAAACAAAAUAUUUUUCACCCUCUUAUUUUUUACCUAUUUCCUACUUUUCUUACUUUUCUUUUCUUUUUAAUCUAUCACUUAAUCCUAAUAAGAACAUCAUCUACUUAUACAGUUUCUUAUAUUGUGUUAUCUAUCUACCUUAUAGUAUAAUAGCAAAUACUAUUUAAUAGCUAUAUAACAUAUUUUGGUAUUUUUUUUUCUUCCCUAUCAUUUCUAUUUUCUAUUACUCUAACUCUAGCUAUAUUUUAUUAUUGUAAUGAUAAAUCUUAAUAAAGACUAUUUUAGAAAAAUUACACCAACAUAUUAAACAAUGACAACAUCAUAGUACUAAAUUGCCAAUUAAAACGGAUAGUAUAGCAUCUCAGCCACAGCCCAAUUCAACCAUUAAAGUGCUAGCAUCAAUAUUAAAUAGUUUGAUCCUUAGAGUAGCAGGAAGUGAGAGGAAAUCUACUCCCAGGAAGGGAAAUUUAGUCCUGAAAAAAUUAUGAUGGGGUAAAAAUGUCUCCACUGAAGCUUUAUCACCAAUCCUUGUUUUCGCAGCAACUCCAAAUGUUCAAGAACCAAUUGUCAGAGAGACAGAAAGUGAUAUGAAACCUUCUGAACAGACAGCAAAACAAACGUUGCAGGGAUAUUAACAUUUCCCUAUGCUAUGCAGAACUACACUUAAAAACGUACCUGUUGUGACUUACAUCGAAAUUCAACUUAAGAACAAACCUACAUGACCUAUCUUGUUCAUCAUCGGGUAUUAGAAAUAUUUUGAUUGGAGACAUAUGUUUGAAGGUAGUGAGGAAAGGCAAAAUACUCCAAGACACUUGAAGAACUUUCCAUAGAUGUCUGAGAGUGUAAUGUAGCUACAUGGCAUAUAUAGCUGACAAGAUAUGGCAAAUUAAUUUGUAGGAUAUGUAUGUCACAUAAUUGAUGUUAUGUUAGUUGAGGGUUGGGUUAAAUAAUGACCUUUGAUAUUAACCUUCCCCUCAAUUAUUUGGGUGACACUUACAAAGCGAUUAACCGUGUUUGUUUACAUCUACAUUUGGUGCAAUAAUACCUAUCUGGAGGACCACAUUCCAGGGCUUCUUGAAUAAGGUGUCAGAAAGUAGAUUCCUCAGGGUGACUUAAAUAAGGAGUCCUAAGGAACAGAAUGCAUAAAAGGGUGCUGACAGACAAAAAGAGAGGUGACAGGUAGAAACAUCUCCCAAGAAAGCAGAACGGGAUAAUUUGAAGAUCAAUACACUUGUCUAAAGAGGUUCAUUGACGGAGGACAGCAGGAAAAUGUUGGGGAAACUUGUAUUUUUGAUUACUCUGAUUCCACGCCUGAUUCUGAGUUUUCUGAAGCAGUUCUGGUCUUGCAAACGCUACCCCCCGGGGCCUUUUCGGCUCCCUCUCGUUGGAGGUGUUUGGCGAUUUGGGAUAAAGCUUACCGAGGAUACGUUCAAGAAGAUGGCAAAACAAUAUGGAGACAUUUACAUGAUAUGGGUCGGGAAUUAUCCUGCUGUGGUGCUGUCUGGAUAUGAAGCCGUGAAAGAAGGGAUGAUUGACCAUUUAGAAGACUUUGCCGAGCGCCCAGUAUCACCCUUUCUUCAAUCUGUAGUUAAAAAAAGAGGGAUUGUAUUUUCAAACGGUCACACUUGGAAACAGCAGAGACGGUUUGGAGUAGUUACUAUGCGGAAGCUGGGACUGGGGAAGAAAGGCAUGGAGCAGCAAGUUGAAGAUGAGGCUCUUCGACUUAUAGAGGCUUUUGCAAAGACAAAAGGCCAGCCGUUUUCUCCUUUACUACCCGUUACAAACUCAGUCUGCAAUAUGAUAUGUUCUGUGGCUUUCGGAUCCCAGUUUUCCGUUGAAGACAAAGACUUUCUGGAACUGAUUGAAGCCAUUCGGAUUAGUUUAGAAUUUGGAGGCAGCUUUUUUCAUGGGCUCUGUGAAAUUUUUCCAGGUGUCAUGAAAUAUCUUCCAGGGCCUCACAAGAAAGCCAUAUCCUCCAUGAAUGUUAUUCUUUCAUAUGCAAGGAAGGAGGUGGAAAGACAUAAGGUGCAGGAGAACCAGCACGAGCCUCAAGAUAUCAUUGAUUACUAUCUGCUUCAAAUGGAUAAAAGCAAGGAAGACCCCACCUCGACCUAUAAUGAAGAUAACCUGGUCCAAUGUAUUUUUGACCUCUUCAUCGCAGGGACUGACACAACUGCUACUUCUCUGCAAUGGUCCCUGCUUCUCAUGGUAACUUAUCCAGAUAUUCAAGAAAAAAUCCAGAAGGAGAUAGAUGCCGUUUUGAAUCCCACUCAAUCAAUCAGCUAUCAAGAACGGAAGAAAAUGCCUUUCACCCAUGCUGUGAUCCAUGAGAUUCUUCGUACCAAAUUUGUCUUACUAUUUGGGAUCCCAAGGCAAUGUGCAAAGGAUGUGAAGAUGCGUGGAUUUUUCAUUCCCAAGGGGGCCUUCAUUGCUCCAGAUUUGCGCUCCGUUCUCUUUGAUCCUAAGCACUGGGAAACUCCCAAUAAAUUCAAUCCCUACCAUUUUUUGGACCAGGAAGGCAAUUUUGUGACAAGAGAAGCAUUUUUGCCAUUUGGAGCAGGAGCUCGGUCGUGUGUGGGUGAACAGAUGGCAAGGGUUGAGCUCUUCAUUUUCUUGACCAACUUAUUGAGGGCAUUCACUUUCCACCUGCCAAAAGGAGUGAAAAAACUCAAUCAAGAACCUAUAGUUGGCUUGACAAUGCAUCCCCGUCCUUACAAGAUUUGUGCUGUCCCCCGAUUGAGCACAACAUGAGCCAUAAAAACAAUGGUUCUGUACUUUCCUACCUCACUUCUUUUCAACUGACCCACCAUUCUGGUUUGUCUUGGUCAGUUCACUUGGUCUUUAAACUUUGCAACAUUAUCAGAACUUAAGAUAGAUCUGUGAUGGAUUUGGGUUCUAAAGCUGUAACCGCACACAGUUGCCUGGGAAUAGUUCAUACUGAGUACAGUGGGACCUACUUUUCAGCAAACCACCUUUGAGGAUUGUUUUGUUAAUCUACUGUGAUUAUCUUUAAAAAAUGUAUAUUUUUCCUGCUGUUAAUGCACAAAUGAUCAUGACAGUACUCUUUGUAUAAAGACUGUGCUUUUCUAAGAAAAAAGUAUUUUGUUGAAUAAAUACUGUGAUAUUUUCCUCA